GCGAUCCAGGGGCAGGGAGCAGCACCACCCCAAGAAAUAUCCCCACCACUGCCGGAAACGCAGGAGUAGGUCUUGUAGCAGUACCUCCUCGGUGAGUAGCAUCCAGAACGAGUUCAGGAUGGUUGAGGUUUUUAACUCUUCUUCCCUCCUUUUCAGCUGGGAACACUCUUGGGUGAGUACCUCUCAUCCCCUGGGUUUGGUUGUGGUGUUGUUGUUCGGUUGUUGGUUUGUGUGGUGUGUUGUGUUGUGGGUUUUUUUUUUGUGGUGCGUGUGUUUGUGGAACGUCUGGCCCAACAAAAUCUGUGUCUUGUUCAGAGGGAAGUGUCUGUAGCUGGUGGUUUGAUGAGUCCAGCCCCUGUAGCUUUAGUGUGUGAGGAAAUGAAGUUGUGUUGUGCCUGGCCAGGGAGGGGAUCAGGGAAGGCUUGGAAUGGUGUGGAUGAGACAGGCUAAAGAGGGUGAGCCUGGCUGCUGGAAUCAGGCAUUGCUGGGGUUGAGACACAGCCAGGGCUUUGCUUCUGCACCCUGCUGCUGCUGGGGGGUGCAGUGGUGGGACAGAGCUGUCUGCAGGCUCCCCUGCCAGGUGGGAUCCAUCAGCCUGGUUCUCCUGAGCCAUCAUCCCUGUGGUUAUGAACCCCUGGAUUAGGUGAAGGUUUCCACCCUCCGAGGAUGCACACGUGUCCUCUCUGCCUGUUUCCACACAAGUAUCCUUGGAUUUCAGCUGCUUUGAAAACUUCCCUGUUUCCCACCCUGAAAUGUAGUCUUCCUGCCAAGGAUUAACAUGGAAUAUUUGGAGCUGGGUGGGGUGGCUGGUCCCAGGGAUACCCUGGAAGUGGUGUGAGGUAUCAGCCCAAGGGUCACUGCUUUUCUCCUGAAAGGAACGGUUCCAUCUUCCACCAGUUUGUUGCUUUGAAAUGGAAUUCCAACUCAAGGAUCCCUGCAGUCAGAGGGGAUCUCUGCAUGGCUGGGAACUGCUGACAGGCUGUUGCUUUCCUCCUGUUCUUUCUUUCCAGUGGACUUUUUGAGUUGUAGGAAGGAGCCAGGGUCCCACUGAAAACCCUCCAGCCUGGUUUGCGUGCGGUGCUGGGCAAGGGGGGUGCAGGUUUGGGCUGGUGUGUUCCCAGUGGCUGGAAUUCUCCCAGCUGUCCCAACUGUUCUCUCUACCUUCUCCUCCCUUUCAGCUGACCUUCUGGAGUUUGAUGGUAGCUCAGUGGUUUGGUGUAGCUGAGGGGAGGUGAGGGACAACAGAAACCUGCUGGAAGUUUGGGCAUGGAAAUGUAGAGCUUGGUAUGAAUUUAUUUGGCUGGAGAGAUUGGAGCUGGUUUGAAGGCUGAAUACAAAGAGAUGAGGAGUUAGGGCAGCUUGCUUUGUGGACCCUGCAUCCUUUGGGGAAUGUUUGGCUGGUUUUCCAGUAGAAGCUCCCAGUAGCAGGGGUGAACGUGACCUCACACCUUUCGUGGAUGCCUCAAGUGAAGUGAAACACUCCCUAGGGAUUCAUGUAACUCUUCCUAAAGUUCUCCCAGGCUUCAAAUUGCCUCCUAAGGCUGAAACUCAGCAGCAGGUCUGUUUGCAGCUGGAUGGAUUGAGGAUCAGGCUGCUGGCUGGUUGUGCCCAGGAGGGAAGGGCUGGCUGGAGCCAGGGCAGGACAUGGCUCUGGGAAGCUGGCAGGAACUGAGGUACCCAGGAGCAGGGAGAACUGCUACUCUGGCUUCUACUGGACAGCCUGUCCAAGCUGACAGCUUGUCUACCCCUCGGCGUGUUUGCAGUGGGAGAAAAUGAGGUUCUUCUGGCAAAGGCUCCUGGUGCCUCUGGCAGCACCUCCAGUGCUGCAGGGGAAGCUGCUGCUCCCUGGGCACAGAGUGCCAAGCCAGCUUGUCCCUGGAGCUGCCCAGCUGCUGCCUCCCUGCACAGAAGAGGGCUUGUAGGGAGAGGAGAGAGGGAAGGGAUGAAAACUGGCAGAGGGGAGGUUGAGGUGAGACACGAGGAGGAAAUUCUGUGCUGUGAGGGUGGUGAGAGCCUGGCCCAGGUUGCCCAGGGAAGCUGUGGCUGCCCCAUCCCUGGCAGUGUUGAAGGGCAGGUUGGAUGGGGCUUGGAGCAACCUGGGCUGCUGGGAGGUGUCCCUGCCCAUGCAGGGGGUUGGAUCUAGAUGAUCUUUAAGCCCAACCCAUUCCAUGAUCCCAAGAGGGGGGCGUUUUCCUUCAGAGCCCGCAGCUGCCGAGCCGAGAGCGCCCUUUGCAAACCUGUAGCUGUUGAUGACUUUUCUGUUUUGAAGUCAGUUUGUGUCUUGACGUCUCCCUUGCAAUAUCCCUAUCGUUAUAUAUCCUGUGUGCCUUAUGAAAAUGCUGGGAUCUGGAAAACCCAACCACCGGCUCACCCGUCGUCUCCACCCACCUUUGAAUGACCACCCAACCCUGCGCUGGGACCCGCCCGCGGGGGGGGGCGGUGUGUGCAGAGGAGCCAGCAGAGCAGUAAGCGCAGCAGGAGCGUGGAAGAUGACAAAGAAGGCCACCUGGUGUGCAGGAUCGGCGAUUGGCUCCAGCAGCGAUGUACAGCCACCCUUCCAUGAAAUUGUGGGCAGCCUCGGUGAAGGCACUUUUGGCAAAGUGGUGGAGUGUGUGGACCAUGCCAGAGGCAAAUCUCAGGUGGCUCUGAAGAUCAUAAAGAACGUUGGGAAGUACCGAGAAGCAGCCAGGCUGGAAAUCAACGUCCUGAAAAAAAUCAAAGAGAAGGACAAGGAGAACAAAUUCUUGUGUGUCCUGAUGUCAGACUGGUUCAACUUCCACGGCCACAUGUGCAUUGCCUUUGAGCUUCUGGGCAAGAACACUUUUGAGUUCCUGAAGGAGAACAACUUCCAGCCAUACCCUCUCCCUCAGAUCCGACACAUGGCCUAUCAGCUCUGCCAUGCCUUGAGAUUUUUACAUGACAACCAGCUGACUCACACUGACCUCAAGCCAGAAAACAUCCUGUUUGUCAACUCGGAUUUUGACACUUUGUACAACGAGAACAAGAGCUGUGAGGAGAAAUCCAUCCGGAACACGAGCAUCCGCGUGGCGGACUUUGGGAGCGCCACCUUCGAUCACGAGCACCACACCACCAUCGUGGCCACCCGGCACUACCGCCCCCCUGAGGUCAUCCUGGAGCUGGGCUGGGCACAGCCAUGUGAUGUCUGGAGCACCGGCUGCAUUCUGUUCGAGUACUACCGAGGCUUCACGCUCUUCCAGACCCAUGAGAAUCGUGAGCAUCUUGUCAUGAUGGAAAAAAUCCUCGGGCCAAUUCCGUCUCACAUGAUCCAUAAAACUCGGAAGCAAAAAUACUUCCACAAUGGGAACCUGGUGUGGGAUGAGAACACGUCAGAUGGGAGAUACGUCCAGGAGAACUGCAAGCCCCUGCGGUCCUACAUGCUGCACGACUCCCUGGAGCACGCCCAGCUCUUUGACUUGAUGAGGAGGAUGUUGGAGUUUGACCCUUCCCGCCGGAUCACGAUCUCUGAAGCUCUCCUGCAUCCCUUCUUCGCCGGCCUCUCCGCCGAGGAGCGGAUGUUGUGUGGCCGUGGUGCCAGCAGGGACCUCAGCAGAUGACAAGAGGGCAGGUGUGACACCUGCCUCCCAUCUCGACAGCCAGGAUCUCUCUGACCACUGCACUUCAGCCCCACUUCCCUCUCUUCUCUCUGAGUUUGGAGGGGCUGGGGCCCUGGCCAUAAGGACCCCGGGGAGGGAGG